AUGUGCUUCCUUACCAUAACCCAUGAAUGCGCUCGUGAGGUGAGCACUUACCGGGACAAGAACGGGAUCAACUAUUCCAGGAAGGCGAUUGAUGUGGCCUUUCACUUGAUAUUAACGGUUGUGGAACCCAAAGCAACUUUACCUCACCUCCAAGAAACAAUUCAGAAAUACCCUAACGAGUUUGAUAGCAAGGCUGUGAUUGCUGUGUCGGUAGAUAGUGAUACAAACAAUAAUUAG